AUGGAGGUUUUCUACGCGCAGAAGGAGGAGCAGAAGGCGGCGAUGGCGGCGAAGAAGAAGGCGAGCCGCGAGAAGCGCCGGGCGGAGUCGGCGGCGAGGAAUGCGGCGAGGGAGGAGAAGGCGGCGAGGAGGACGGCGAGGGCGGAGGACAAGAAAAAUGGCGCCGGGCCGUCGACGAUCAUCCUCUCCUCCUCCUCCUACUUCGAGUGGACUUCUACUCCGGUGUCCGACACUACUCCGAGCAGCCACUCGUCGGACUUCGACUGGGACUCGAACUCGGACUUUACGAGUGACUACAAGGUGGGCGAGACAAUAGCCUUUGAGGUCAAGCAGAUUGUCCCACUCCCACGUCUCUGCUGCAUCCUCCUCCUCCUAUCAACCACCUCCUUCUCCCACGCGAAGGAGAAGCCGUGCAAAUGCUCAGGCUCUGGGCAGGACCAGAGUAGAAACUACGCCAUGGACGACGCAGAGAAGGACGUCGUGUUUCUUGUGGGGAACCAGUCCGGGCUCAUACGAAAGCCCAUCCACAAGAUACCCAACGCCGAGGCGAAGAAGACCCGAGUGUUGUCCACCAUCGAUAACUUGAUAAAACUCUGUCAAAGGCGCCACGACGGGUCGGGGCUCGACGAGUCGUCGUUCAACAUCACCGUCGUCAUGCGUAACCAGAAGACACACAGGAGAAGAUCCAGUAUUUUCUCUUUGCUCAUCCUCCCCAAGGAGGCCCUUGGAUUUCCUCAGGUAAAAGACUCCCUGCCCUUGGCGAAGCAACUGGCGACCACCACUGGCAAGGGAUACCAGCUCAACCUCUCCAGGCCUACAUCCCGGAGCGGCUCCGUCUCCGACAGGUACGCAGCGUACGCCUACAUGAAGAUUGGAAAGCUGGGUAACCCCGCGCGGACGGGGUACGAUAAUGGCAAACGCGCCAUGGGCGUCGACAUCGUUAUCCGCCCACCUGCCUCCAACUAUUCCGUGUGGAUCGACUACGACCGUAUGGGACGGGUGUCGGUGUACAUAGACGUGGAGGGUAAGCCCAAGCCUCCCAGCGCCAUGGCCUCGGCGCCAUUCAACAUCAGCAGCGCCGUCUCCUGGACAUCGCCGUUCGUCCAUUUCGGCCUCCUCUCGACGUUGGAGAUGCGGCUUCGGCCAAGAGGCAUCCGCUUCAGCGCCACCGUCGACAACCUCCCGGACUACCCCGACAAAGGAAGCUUCCUCAAAAAGAAGGUGACGAUACUGUCUUCCAUCCUCGGUUCUGUAGCCGCCGCCGCCAUGAUGGCCGUCGCCGUGAUGGGCUACUUCAACUCGAGGUAUCGAAGGUGGCACAAGGAGCUCAACCAGCUCGCCAAGUCCAUGGAGCGCCUCCCCGGGAUGCCCACCAAGGUGGAAUUCGCCGACAUCAACAAGGCUACCAGCAACUUCCACGACACCAUGAAGCUGGGGGGCGGCGGCUUCGGCACCGUGUACAGGUGCACGCUCCCCGCCGCCGCUUCCAAGACGGAGUGGCCCAUGGACGUCGCCGUCAAGAGGUUCACCCGGGAGGUGCAGAACCGCCGCUACGGCGACUUCCUUGCCGAAGUCAGCAUCAUCAACCGCUUGCGCCACAAGAACAUCGUCCCCCUCGUUGGGUGGUCUUACAACAAAGGAGAGCCGCUGCUUAUUUUCGAAUUUAUGACCAAUGGGAGCUUGGACCAGCAUCUCUUCCCCAAUGGCAGUCGCAACGGCGGCAGCAGCACCGGGCGGCGACGCACUGGCGCAGCAAUCCGUCGAUGGGCCACUCGGUACGAGAUCGUCAGGGACAUAGCUAUCGGCUUGCACUACGUCCACCACGAGUACGAGCCCAUGGUGCUCCACCGCGACAUCAAGGCAAGCAACGUGAUGCUAGACUCGAGCUUCCGCGCCCGUCUGGGUGACUUCGGCCUGGCCUGCACCGUCGCCGUCAACAGGAACUCCGCCACAGGCGUCGCCGGCACGUGGGGCUAUAUCGCGCCGGAGUAUGCCAUAUGCGGCAAGGCGACGCGGCAGACGGACAUCUAUGCGCUCGGGGUGCUCAUCCUCGAGCUCGUCACGGGGAAGCGGGCGCUGGAUGAUGAUCAUGUGGUGAACAGCGACGACAUGCACAUCACCGACUGGGUAUGGAGGCUCCACGGCGAGGGGAGGCUAUCAGAGUGCUUGGACGCCGCCGUGCUCGCUGCUGCUUCCGAGGACGAGGAGGAGCAGAUGGGCGCCGGUGAAGAUGCCGCACGGUUGCUGCUCCUGGGCUUGGCUUGUAGCAACCCGAACCCGUCAGACCGUCCGACCAUGCCCGACGUGGUGCAGGUCAUCGUCAAGUCAGUGCCGCCGCCGGAGGUGCCUCGUCAAAAGCCAAGCUUCGUGUGGCCUCCGCCGGGAGGGUGGGCCUCCGACGAUGAUAGCACAUGCUCAUCGAUGAUGAGCGACGUCGAUAGGAGUAGAGACGAGCAGCAGGUCAGCUUGGGGUAGCCGAUGCAACAGGGACGCACCGCCGGACGGUAUGCGUCGUUUCAAAUACAGGGUGCACAGG